AGGCAUUCUCAGACCAUGGCAUUUGCUAUUAAUGAGAUCAACAUGAACACCAACUUACUACCUAACGUGACUCUGGGAUACAGUCUGUAUGACAACUGUGCCACACUUGGAAUUGCAUUUCGUGCUUCAUUGUCACUGGCCAGUGGCCAAGAGGAGCAGUUUCUUUUGGAUGAGACCUGUGAGGGGGCCCCUCCAGUCCUGGGGAUUGUGGGUGAUUCAUACUCAACAUUUACAAUUGCCAUGUCAAGCGUAAUAGGUUUAUACAAAUUGCCCAUUGUGAGUUACUUUGCCACAUGUCCCUGCCUGAGUGAUCGACAACGCUUUCCAUCCUUCUUUAGAACAAUCCCAAGUGAUACUUUCCAGGUGCGUGCAAUGAUUCAGAUUCUAAUGCACUUUGGAUGGACUUGGGCAGGUCUGCUGGUCAGUGAUGAUGAUUACGGACUCCACGCUGCCCGAUCCUUCCAAUCUGAUCUGGCUCAGUCUGGUGGAGGUUGUCUGGCCUACUCAGAGAUUUUGCCCUGGGGCAAUGACCCAAGCGAACUUGGCAGGAUUGUGGAUUUGAUAAAAACAUCCACAGCUCGGGUGGUCAUUGUGUUUGCCCACGAGACUCACAUGAUUCAUCUCAUGGAGGAGGUGGUGAGGCAGAAUGUGACAGGCCGGCAGUGGAUAGCAAGUGAAGCCUGGACAGCAGCUGCUGUGCUCCAAACUCCCCGCCUCAUGCCGUACCUGGGUGGCACACUGGGCAUUGCCAUACGUCGAGGAGAAAUACCAGGUCUCAGGGACUUCCUGUUAAGAAUACGCCCUGACCUACACUACAACAACAGCUAUGGAAAUAACAUAGUGAGGCAGUUUUGGGAAUAUACGUUUCCGUGUAGAUUUGCACCACCUCCAGCAGGUUGGGUGAUGGCUGGGGGAGAUCUAUGUACUGGGCAGGAAGAUUUAGAGAGUGUGGAGACUGAGUUGUUGGAUGUGUCAGAACUCAGACCAGAGUAUAACGUGUACAAGGCUGUGUAUGCUCUGGCGUAUGCUCUUGAUGACAUGCUGCGCUGUGCACCAGGGAGAGGGCCUUUCAGCGGACACAGCUGUGCCAGUUUGCAAAGACUGGAGCCAUGGCAGCUUGUACAUUAUUUGCAAAACGUCAACUUCACGACAUCAUUUGGUGAUCGAGUGUCAUUUGAUGAGAAUGGUGAUGCCUUGCCAAUAUAUGAUAUCAUGAACUGGCUGUUGCUCCCUGAUGGAAGAAUAAAAGUUGAGAGUGUGGGCGAGGUUAAAGAGUCCGCCAAAGGUGAAGAACUCACACUCGAUGAAGACAAAAUCUUCUGGAACUUUGAAUCCAAACAGCCACCCCGAUCAGUGUGCAGUGAGAGCUGUCCUCCAGGUACCCGCAUGGCCAGAAAAAAGGGGCAACCUGAGUGCUGUUUUGACUGUAUCCCUUGUUCUGAGGGAAAGAUCAGCAAUGAAACUGACUCCAUGGAGUGCACCAGUUGUCCAGAAGACUUCUGGUCCAGCUCCCAGCGUGACCACUGUGUUCCUAAGAAAACAGAGUUCCUCUCCUAUCAAGAGCCUCUAGGUAUCUGUUUGACAACCACCUCAUUGCUGGGAACCUUUAUCUGUGCUGUUGUCCUGGGCAUCUUCAUCUUUAAUCGCAGUACACCCAUGGUACGCGCCAACAAUUCAGAAUUGAGUUUUCUGCUCUUAGCAUCACUUAAGCUAUGUUUCCUGUGUUCUCUUUUGUUUAUCGGCCGUCCCAGGCUGUGGACAUGCCAACUGAGACAUGCAGCAUUUGGGAUCAGCUUUGUACUUUGUGUCUCAUGCAUCCUAGUGAAAACCAUGGUGGUUCUGGCUGUGUUCAAGGCCUCCAAACCAGGAGGUGGAGGCAGUCUGAAGUGGUUUGGUGCUGUGCAGCAGAGAGGGACAGUUAUGGUUCUUACUUCUAUUCAAGCAGCAAUCUGCAUUGCUUGGCUUGUCUCUGCUUCACCAGCUCCUUAUAAAAAUACUCAAUACCACAAUGACAAGAUAGUUUAUGAGUGUGUAGUCGGGUCUACAGUUGGUUUUGCAGUUUUACUGGGCUAUAUUGGCUUACUGGCUAUCCUCAGCUUCCUGUUAGCAUUUCUGGCGAGGAAUCUUCCAGACAACUUCAAUGAGGCCAAGCUCAUCACUUUCAGCAUGCUGAUCUUCUGUGCUGUGUGGGUGGCCUUUGUCCCCGCUUAUGUCAACUCUCCGGGCAAAUAUGCAGAUGCAGUGGAGGUAUUCGCCAUCCUGGCCUCGAGUUUUGGUCUCUUGGUGGCACUGUUUGGACCCAAAUGUUUCAUAAUCCUUCUGAGACCAGAGAGGAACACAAAGAAAGAAAUCAUGGGUCGAGGAAUUGCAAAGUCAUAA